AUGCUCGUGCUCCGGAACCCGUUCCGGCGGAUCCCGGUGUACGCGGACAUGAGCGUGUCCUCGGACGACUACUCGGCGGCGCGGGCGCACCCGCUGGACAACCCGCUCAACACGGGGCUCUACUACGUGAAGGCGACGAGCCGGGGCGUGCGCAUGCUCGAGCACUGGCGGGCGGCGCGGGCGAGGUUCCCCGGCGCGCACGACCAGUCGGUGUUCCACAACAUCAAGCGCGAGCUCGUCCAAAAGCUGGGGGUCGCCAUCGAGCCCCUCGACACGGUCUACUUUGGCGGGUUCUGCGAGUACCACGACGACCUCGCCCGCGCCUGCACCAUGCACGCCGACUGCUGCGUCGGCGUGGACAACAAGGUGCACGACCUCCGGGACAUCGCCGCCGACUGGAGGAGGUACAGGGGCAUGGCGCCGGUGGAGAGGAAGAAGGCGGCCGGGAAUAUGACAUGGACGGUGCCCGCGCGGUGCCGGAGGUCCGUGAACUGGAGUAAGCCCGUGCACCCCUGA